AUUCGGUGGCUCUGCUACUGUUACUGUGGCUGUCUGAUUGGUCGUUCAUAGAUCUUCCUAUAUCUAUUCAACUGUUCUACUUUUUAAUACCUUUUUCUCUUUCUAUUUGAACAUUUCAUUUUCUUCUCUAUACACAUAUACAUAGUAAUUGUCUAUUGUUUAUUUUAAUCACCAUCACCAUCACCAUGGCCGACAACCCACGGCCGGCGUUGGGGGCCUCCGCUGGCCCAGACCACGCCAAUCCCACCAACGCCACUACCACCAGCCAGCUUCACCCUCCGGGCGCAGAGACAGAUGACACUUCUUCCACCGCCAAUUCCUCCCAGCCCAGUCUCGAUGGCCGCUGGGGAGAGCGGGACCAGGGCGAGCCCGUCUCGCGCCGCGGCGCCAUGGAGGACUUUGAGGAAAUGCGCCGCGAGUUGACGCGCCUCAGUCAGUCGCAAUCGCAUCCCAAUAACGGCGGUCGUUUGCGCUCCCUGACCUCGCGCCGCGCCAGUCACCCCAAGGAUGAGGAGAAGGGCGAAGAAGAAGACGAGGAGGAAUAUGGUGGUUUCGACCUCAACGAGUUCUUGAUGGGUGGCCAUCUGGAACGGCGCACGACUGCUGGCGAGCCCGCCAAGAAGGUUGGUGUGGUGUUCAAGAACUUGACCGUCAAGGGUGUUCUGACCGGCGCGUCGUUUGUGCGCACGCUGCCUCACGCCGUGGUUGGUACUUUUGGACCGGAUCUCUACAACCUCCUCUGCAACUUUAUUCCUCCUUUGCGCUUUGGUAGAUCUCCGCCGGUUAGGGAUCUGCUGCACGACUUCACCGGUACCAUCCGUGAGGGUGAGAUGAUGCUCGUUCUCGGACGCCCCGGUGCCGGUUGCACGACCUUCCUCAAGGCCAUUUCCAACGACCGCGGGGCCUACGCGGGCGUCGAGGGUGAGGUCAGCUACGGUGGUCUCUCCGCUGAGGAACAGCACCAGCGCUUCCGCGGCGAGGUCAACUACAACCCCGAAGAUGACCAGCAUUUCCCCAACCUCACCGUCUGGCAGACCCUCAAGUUCUCUUUGAUCAACAAGACCAAGAAGCACGACCGCGCCAGUAUUCCCGUCAUCAUCGACGCCCUGCUCAAGAUGUUCGGUAUCACCCAUACUAGGAACACCGUUGUCGGUAACGAGUAUGUUCGCGGUGUUUCUGGUGGUGAGCGCAAGCGUGUCAGUAUUGCUGAGACGCUGGCUACUAAGUCGUCUGUUGUCUGCUGGGACAACUCCACUCGUGGUCUUGAUGCCAGCACUGCCUUGGAUUACGCCAAGUCUCUGCGCAUCAUGACAGAUGUCAGCAAGCGGACUACAUUCCUCACCCUUUACCAGGCUGGUGAAAGUAUCUAUGAGCUUAUGGACAAGGUUAUGGUUAUUGACCAGGGUCGCAUGCUCUACCAAGGCCCUGCCAACCAGGCCAAGCAGUACUUUGUUAACCUUGGUUUCUACUGCCCUGAUCAAUCCACUACGGCCGAUUUCUUGACUUCGCUUUGUGACCCCAACGCCCGUCAAUUCCAGGAGGGUCGCGAGGCUUCGACUCCCAAGACGGCUGAGGAGCUCGAGGAUAUCUUCCGCAAGAGCGAUACCUACAAGCGCAUCUUGGACGAUGUGAGCAGCUACGAAAAGCAACUCCAGGACACCAACCAGGAGGAUACUCGUCGGUUCGAGAAGAUGGUUGCGCAAUCCAAGAGUAAAACGGUCCCCAAGAAGUCUCCCUACACCGUUUCUCUGGUGCGCCAGGUCCUUGCCUGUGUGCAGCGUGAGUUCUGGUUGCUGUUGGGUGACAAGACGUCUCUCUACACCAAGUACUUCAUUAUCGUCUCCAACGGUCUUAUCGUCUCGUCUCUGUUCUACGGUGAAUCCCUCGAUACUAGCGGUGCUUUCUCCCGUGGCGGUGCUCUGUUCUUCUCCAUUCUGUUCCUGGGUUGGUUGCAGUUGACCGAACUGAUGCCUGCUGUUACCGGAAGAGGCAUCGUCGCUCGUCACAAGGAUUAUGCGUUUUACCGUCCGUCUGCCGUGUCCAUCGCUCGUGUUGUCGUCGAUUUCCCGGCAAUUUUCUGCAUGGUUGCUCCGUUCACGAUUAUCGUCUAUUUCAUGACUCAGUUGGAUGUGGACGUGUCCAAGUUUUGGAUUUACUUCCUGUUCGUGUACACGACCACGUUCUGUAUCACCUCGAUGUAUCGGAUGUUCGCCGCCUUGUCGCCAACUAUCGAUGAUGCUGUCCGGUUCAGUGGAAUUGCUUUGAACAUUCUGAUUCUCUACGUCGGUUAUGUGAUUCCGAAACAGGACCUGAUCAGCGGUUCCAUUUGGUUCGGAUGGCUGUUCUACGUGAACCCGCUCUCGUACAGUUACGAAUCGGUCUUGACAAAUGAGUUCUCGAAUCGACACAUGGAGUGCAACCCUUCGCAAUUGGUGCCUCAGGGUCCUGGUGUCGAUCCGGCAUACCAAGGCUGCGCCCUGACUGGUUCGGAAUUGGACAGCACGAGGGUCUCGGGUGCUAAUUACCUCGAUUCCAGCUUCCAAUUCACACGGAACCAUUUGUGGCGCAACUUUGGUGUGGUUAUUGCGUUUACAGUCCUGUAUCUCCUUGUCACUGUCCUUGCUGCUGAGUUCCUUUCCUUCGUCGGUGGUGGCGGUGGUGCGCUGGUCUUCAAGCGCUCCAAGCGCUCCAAGAACCUCAAAAAGCAGGCUGCCAAGGGCAACGAUGAAGAACAGGUUGGCGGUGACGGUGCUGCGGUGGAAGGACGCUCGAGUGGCAACGACGAAACCUUCAACCGCCUUUCGUCCAGUGACCGGAUCUUCACCUGGUCCGACGUCGAGUACACGGUGCCCUACGGCAAUGGAACACGCAAGCUACUGAACGGUGUCAACGGAUACGCGAAGCCCGGUCUCAUGAUCGCUCUGAUGGGUGCUUCCGGUGCGGGUAAGACUACCUUGCUCAACACCCUGGCCCAGCGUCAGAAGAUGGGUGUGGUGACUGGUGACAUGCUGGUCGAUGGACACGCCCUUGGUGCCGACUUCCAGCGUGGAACCGGUUUCUGUGAACAGAUGGAUCUGCACGACAACACUUCGACUAUCCGCGAAGCGUUCGAGUUCUCCGCCAUCCUCCGCCAGGACCGCAAGACCCCGCGCCAGGAGAAGAUCGACUACGUUGACCGGAUCAUCGACCUGCUGGAACUCGAAGAGAUCCAAGAUGCCAUCAUCGGCUCGCUGAGCGUCGAACAGAAGAAGCGUGUCACCAUUGGUGUCGAGCUUGCCGCCAAGCCCAGCCUUCUGCUCUUCCUUGAUGAACCCACCAGUGGUCUGGACAGUCAAGCCGCGUUCUCGAUCGUUCGAUUCCUUAAGAAGCUCUCUCAGGCUGGUCAGGCCAUCGUCUGCACCAUUCACCAGCCCUCGUCCAUGCUCAUCCAGCAAUUCGAUAUGAUUCUCGCCCUCAACCCCGGCGGUAACACCUUCUACUUCGGCCCCGUCGGCAAGGAAGGCGCAGACGUCGUAAAGUACUUCGCGGACCGUGGCGUCGUGUGCCCGCCCACCAAGAACGUUGCGGAAUUCAUCCUCGAGACGGCCGCCAAGGCUGACAAGGUUGAUUGGAACGAGGAGUGGAAGAACUCGGAACAGAACCACCGGGUUUUGAACGAGAUUACAAAGAUCCGGGAGGAGAGAGGCAAGUUGCCUGCUCCCACUGCCGGAGAGCAGUAUGAGUUUGCGGCGCCGACGAUCACCCAGAUUGAGCAGCUUACCAUGCGGUUAUUCACACAAUACUGGCGCGAUCCGUCGUACUACUACGGAAAGCUAUUUGUCAGUGUUAUCAUUGGUAUCUUCAACGGAUUUACUUUCUGGAUGUUGGACAGCUCGGUCGCAAGCAUGCAAAACCGGAUGUUCUCUAUCUUCUUGAUCAUCCUUAUCCCUCCCAUCGUUCUCAACUCCGUCGUCCCCAAAUUCUACAUCAACCGCGCUCUCUGGGAAGCCCGUGAAUACCCCUCCCGUAUCUACGGCUGGGUCGCUUUCUGCACGGCCAACGUUGUCUGCGAAAUCCCCGCCGCCAUCGUCACUGGUCUCAUCUACUGGCUCCUCUGGUACUACCCCGUCGGCUUCCCGACAGACUCCUCGUCCGCCGGAUACGUCUUCCUCAUGUCGAUGCUCUUCUUCCUGUUCCAGGCUAGCUGGGGACAAUGGAUCUGUGCCUUCGCGCCCUCCUUCACGGUCAUCUCCAACGUCCUCCCCUUCUUCUUCGUCAUGGUCAACCUGUUCAACGGUAUCGUCCGCCCCUACUCCGAUUAUCCCGUCUUCUGGAAGUACUGGAUGUACUACCUCAACCCGACAACCUGGUGGAUGCGCGGCGUUAUCUCCACCACCUUCCCGUCCGUCCACAUCCAAUGCCAACCCUCCGAAGCAACCCGCUUCAGCCCGCCCCCUGGCCAAACCUGCCGGCAAUACGCGGGUAACUUCGUCGACAAUAUCGCCCAGGCGGGGUACCUGCUCGACGACAACGCCACGUCGAACUGCGGCUACUGCCCCUACAAGUCAGGUAGUCAGUACAUGCAGAAUCUGAACGUGCACGAGGGCGACAAGUGGAGGUGUUUCGGUAUCUUCCUUGCGUUUGUUAUUGUGAAUUGGUUCCUUGUUUACUUUUUCAUUUACACUGUUCGUGUGCGUGGUUGGUCGUUUGGAAUUGGGUAUGUGUUUGGGUUUGCGGGAUUGUGUGUUGAUAAAAUCAAGGGGUUGUUUAGGAAGAAGGAGUAAGCUUCUUGCUUUGCCCUUUUUCUUGUCCUCUGCCCUGACCUGGCCUCGUUUUCACUGGUUAUUGGUUAUGUGUGACAUGUCUCAUGUCUAGUGGUUCUUGAUCUCAUGGUAUAUGUGCUUGAUUCGAUGUUAUGUGAUGCAAAUAGAGAAAAGUCGUUAGCGUCAUGGCAUUUAGCGUUUAGUUAAUAGAAUAGAUAGAACAUAUGAUUAUUGUUUAAUAUGCAC